CUCUAUUUGGACGGACGUCCCGCCCUCUGGCUGUUCCUGGCUGAGGCGGAGCGGCGGGAGCUAUGGCGGCUGUGACAGAUGUGCAGCGGCUACAGGCCCGUGUGGAGGAGCUGGAGCGCUGGGUGUACGGGCCGGGCGGGUCUCGCGGCUCGCGGAAGGUGGCCGAUGGCCUGGUCAAGGUGCAGGUGGCUUUGGGGAACAUCGCCAGCAAGAGGGAGAGGGUGAAGAUUCUGUACAAAAAGAUUGAAGACCUUAUCAAAUACCUGGAUCCUGAGUACAUUGACCGCAUUGCCAUACCUGAUGCCUCUAAGCUGCAGUUCAUCUUAGCAGAGGAGCAGUUUAUCCUCUCCCAGGUUGCGCUUCUGGAGCAGGUGGAGGCUUUGGUGCCCAUGCUGGACAGCACUCAUAUCAAAGCCGUUCCUGAGCAUGCCGCCCACCUGCAGCGCUUGGCCCAGAUCCACAUCCAGCAGCAGGACCAGUGUGUGGAGAUCACUGAGGAGUCCAAGGCUCUCCUAGAGGAAUACAACAAGACUACAAUGCUUCUCUCCAAGCAGUUCGUGCAGUGGGAUGAGCUACUUUGCCAGUUAGAGGCUGCCAAGCAAGUGAAGCCAGCAGAGGAGUGAUGGCUGCUUCCCAUCCUAGGGUGGGCCAGGGCAGCCUGGCUCCAGGCCCUAUGCCAACCUGCCCUUGUAACAGGACAGAGCAGAGGCAGCUCUGUAUUUAUUGGAUUCACAGCCUACCAGUCUGCACUCAGGUGGGGCUCUGGGGUCAGAGGUCUGGCUACUUGAGAUUUGCUAUUUGCACCCCCUCCCCCCUCAUCAGUGUCCUGUUCCAAAGACAAUAAACUGUACAGAUCACUGGAGGUGUGUGUUAGCUUCCCGAUGUUGUAUGGGUAUGGUGGUGGGGAUGAGGUUGAUAGGCCAGAGUUGUUGGCCUUCCUCCUAGUUGGACUGAGAGCUAUACUCGUCCUAGUCUGGCUUUCCGGGAGAGGUAAAGCUCUCAGGAUGAAUGCUCUCAUUUGCUUGAUGUGAGUGGAACAUUCCUUUAUGUAUCCAUUUAUCCCGCAUUUACCAAGUACACUCUAAAUGUCAGAUGCCAUACCAGGUGGGGAGGACACAGGUAGGGUCCACCUGAUUCCUACCCUGUACAGGUUAGCUGAGGAGACAGUCAAGGAAAAGGGGAGGGACAGGUGGCACCAGGGUUCUUUGGGGGCACAGAAGAAAAAGGAAUGUGGGACGCAGCCCUGGAGGGUGACAUGCAGGGUUUUGAGAGCCAAGGGAGCAGCAUGUGCAAUGCAGAGGGGAGCCUUUAAGUUUCUCUCUUGGGAGCCUACUUGGUGCUAUUAGCCGAGAAGGGGAGACUAAAAGAGGUUUGGAUGCAGGGGGCUUUUAGGGGGUGGGCCGUGGGGAGCGGUGGUACGGUUGGAAAGGAGAGCAUGUUAAAGAGCAGAGAAACUGAUGGUCCCUCACUCCACCGAGUGUUUGCUGCCCCCUUGUGGUCUCAGGGACUGCUGUAGCUCCAGGCCCCUUUCCAUCUGGCCUGCCCACCAGCCCACCAGCCCACCAGCAGGGUCUCACUGGCAUCUCAAAUUCAGCACGUCUGAAACUGGGAGUCAUCCUAGACUCUUCCCUCCUUCUUCGUCCGAACAGUCGUCAAAUCUACCUCCUGGUAUCUUCCAACUUAAUCUACUUUUCCCCAUUCCCACUGCUGUUUCUCUGGUUCAUUCUUUCAAUAAAUGAUUUAUAACAAA